GCUGCUCUUCCUCAGAAGCUCGAGACGCUCCCGGGGACGCUCGAAAACACGCGCGAGCAGCGGUCCGCUCUCUGUCUCUGCCCACUCAUCCGGCGUUCGAGAAUCGAGCGUGGCUGGCAGCUAUGGCAGCUCUGUGCGUUUCUCCCACUUCGGUUGCCUUCUCCGCUUCGAGCCUGGUGAAUGCGGCCUCUUCCCGACAAUUGUUGGCUUCCCCAUCAGCCGUCUCUGUGUCAAGCCCAAGCGGAGUGUACCCCUCAGUGAGAUGUGGCAGAGGCGACAGCCGAACUGCUAAAGGCAAGAGGUUUAAAGGCUCUUUUGGAAAUGCACGACCAAAGGACUCAUCGAAAGGAAAGGGCUUAGCAACCACUGCGCUGCCCCCGAGGCCACCUAAGAAAGACGAGUUCGACGACGGCGAAUUCAUCCAGGUCGACCUUGAUGAGACGUUGUUCGCCAACUAGGUGGUAGACCACCUGGGUGCAGCAUGCCCAUUAUCAUUAGAAGCUUAUGUCCACGAAUUUUUUUUCACGAACAAUUAUUCAAGAAGAGUAGUUUUGUAGCCCUGAUUAUACCUGAUGUAGAAUAUUAGGCUUGUUCCAACCAUUCGAUAACAAAGGCAAAGAGCUAUGGGUUCUCGGCUUGCUUUACUGUGAUGGUUUUGGCUAGCAGUUGUGCUUUGGCAAUAACGACAAGAAAUGAUUAAUUGAACUAGACGGGCCAUGGAACCUACCGAG